AGUCCCGGGCCCCCGGUCCCCUCGGCGGGCGGCGGGCGCGCCCCCCUCCCUGCGCCCUCGCGGCGAGCCUCCCCUCCGCCUCGCUCCUCAGCCCCACUUUGCUCCCUCCUCCCCGCCGUCCCCUUCGAUGCCAGCCAUGGUGGAGAAGGGCCCGGAGGUGCUGGGGAAGAGGAGGGGAAGGAAUAAUGCCGCUGCCUCCUCGGCCGCCGCUGCCUCCAACGCCGCCAACGCCGCCACUACCACCACCACUGCUGCCUCCUCCUCCUCUGCCUCCUCCUCCUCCUCCGCCGCAGCCGCUGCUGCCGCCGCCUCAGCCUCAGCCUCGGCCUCGGCCGCCUCUGCCUCCUCCGCUGCAGCCUCCGCCUCGGCCGCCGCCGGUUCCGCCAAUAAUGGUCAUAAUAAAAGUUUGGCCACGGCCGCCGCCGCGGCGCCCAAUGGAAACAGCACCAACUCCUGGGAGGAAGCGAGCUCGGGCUCCUCGAGUGAUGAAGAGCAUGGAGGAGGUGGCAUGAGAGUCGGACCCCAGUACCAGGCAGUGGUCCCUGAUUUUGAUCCUGCUAAAAUUUCAAGGCGCUCUCAGGAAAGAGAAAAUCUUGGCAUGCUGGUAUGGUCACCUAAUCAGAAUCUAUCAGAGGCAAAAUUAGAUGAAUACAUUGCCAUUGCCAAGGAGAAGCAUGGGUAUAAUAUGGAGCAGGCACUUGGGAUGCUUUUUUGGCAUAAGCACAAUAUUGAAAAAUCCUUGGCUGAUCUACCCAACUUUACCCCAUUUCCAGAUGAGUGGACUGUGGAAGAUAAAGUUCUGUUUGAACAGGCCUUUAGUUUUCAUGGGAAAACUUUUCAUAGAAUCCAACAGAUGCUUCCUGAUAAGUCUAUAGCCAGUCUAGUGAAAUUUUACUAUUCUUGGAAGAAGACAAGAACCAAAACCAGUGUAAUGGAUCGUCAUGCUCGGAAGCAGAAAAGAGAACGAGAAGAAAGUGAGGAUGAACUGGAAGAAACAAAUGGAAAUAACCCAAUUGACAUUGAGGUUGAUCCAAACAAGGAAAGCAAAAAGGAGGUACCACCAACCGAGGCAAUUCCUCAAAUCAAAAAAGAAAAGCAUAGUACACAAGCUAAAAAUAGGGCCAAGAGGAAACCUCCCAAGGGAAUGUUUCUUUCUCAAGAAGAUGUGGAAGCAGUUUCUGCCAAUGCUACAGCUGCUACUACAGUGCUAAGACAACUGGACAUGGAAUUGGUUUCAAUCAAACGACAGAUUCAGAAUAUUAAACAGACAAACAGUGCUCUCAAAGAAAAACUUGAUGGUGGAAUAGAACAGUAUAGACUUCCAGAGGUUAUUCAGAAGUUUAAUGCACGUUGGACCACAGAAGAACAGCUUCUUGCUGUACAAGCAAUCAGGAAAUAUGGUCGAGAUUUUCAGGCAAUCUCAGAUGUUAUUGGAAACAAAUCAGUGGUACAAGUGAAAAACUUUUUUGUAAAUUACCGACGCCGCUUCAACAUUGAUGAAGUCUUACAAGAAUGGGAAGCAGAACAUGGCAAAGAAGAAACUAAUGGAACUAGUACCCAGAAACCUAUAAAGUCCCCAGAUAAUCCCAUUAAAAUACCUGAAGAAGAGGAGGAGGCCACUUCUGUUCUUGACGUCAGAUAUGCAUCUGCUUCAUGAAAGACUUGAGUAGCUUAGAAUAAUUUGCAUUAACUACUGUUAUUCAAGAUAUCAGGUAUUACCGAACCUCAGACAGCCAUCUGCAUCAUACCUAUGUGGACAAGCAGCUAUUACCAAAAAAGGCAAACACUUCCAGUCCUGUGCUGCAACUGCCUUAAUUCUUUGCUCAUUCCUCUGCAUUGCCUCCACUUCCCAGUUUGCUUUUCGUUUCAUCGGUACCUGCCUGAAUGCUGGGGAGGAAUCAUCACGUCCCACCUAGUUUGUGGGUUUGUUUUUGAACUGUCUCCAUAAAUAGGAGUUACUCUCCCAACAGUCUCACUGUAAUCGGCAGGGUGUGGAAGGGGGAGAAGAGUCAGCUCAGAAGGUCUAACUCUGUAUUGCCUGUAAUCUUUGCUUUGUGCGUAUUGUAAUUAUAAUAGUGACACUGUUAGCUUUCCAGGAAGAGCCUCCUAUUCAUUUUUGAGUUGACUGACCACCCCUGAGACAUCAUGCUUUUUCUGAAAACAUAGUCUGUGUUUGUAAACUGCAUCGUGACUCUUUAGUGCUGAGUGUCCCAAUGCCAUUCGUGGUCUCCUCAACUUAGGUCCUAAUGAUGGUUUAUAAUUGUCAGACCAUAAUGGGAUAAUGGCAGGUGUCUCAUUUAAGCCAACCCCUAAUAAUCUGUCUUGGUGGAAAAUUCACUAGUAGUGAACAGACCAGCCUAAGUUACUGUAGCUUCAAAAUUUGGUUGACUAAAGUGCCCCCCCCCCAACUUGUCAUUUUGCAUUGUAGCCCUGGUCAGGCACACCUUCCCCUACACUCUACUCCCUGCCUUUUUCAGUACCCUUAGAGAUUGAAUCCAAACAACUUUAUCUGGUGCUUAUCCAUUUGGAAUUGGUGCCUUUCACAUUGGGCAUCCGUAUCACCAUUACGCUUCAAUGUCAUCUUCUUUCCUUAAAGCUUGCUGCUUGCCAAAGAUGAUUGUAUUUAAAUGAGGAGUGGCCAGCAUGAGUGUGCUUGCCAUAGACCCGAACAGGAGCACAGGUUUAGAAUUUCUCCUUAUUUAUGAGUGGUUGAAUGGCUGGUGACUACUUAGUGAAAGCCCACUGCAUUUUCCUUCUUCUUUGUACGACUUGUCUCUUAAUCACAACCCCCUUUGUGUAGCUAUGCACCAACAUUUGCUAACAAAAAUACACGAGUCAAAGGAUAGGGUGUAGAAAUGAUUGGUCAGCUUUUUGAUCUAAAGAGACUAUGAUAAAAAGAAAUAUAGUCCAAGGCAGUAUGAUAAUGCCCUUUGGUUAGAUCGAUAAAACAUGUCUGACCAAGGCUUUAAGAUUUAGAGAAUAGAUUUCUUUAAAGCAGGCCUUGUGUAUGCAAAGAUGGAGGAGGAGCAGACUAGCAAGCCACAGAUUCAGAUCUGUGUUAAACUCAGCCUGCAUUUUUCUAGGUAUAAUUAACUUGUUCCUAUCAUCAUCAACUUUGAUUUCUAGUUUCUGUUUUCAAUACCAAAAACAAAAAAUGCUUGCCAGAUGCUUUAAGGUACAUUUUCUUAAGAACUUAAAAUAUGCAAUUAAAAUUGGACAUGUGUUUUUAAGUCCCUCUGUGCACCUUGCUUUUUAAGCUUAUUGAUCCUCUACUUAGGAAGAGGGUCAUCUGGGAACUGUAGAUUUUUAGAAAUGCUUCUGGAGAAAGAUUACUCAAGUACAGAAGUCGGAGGGAAGAGAACAUUUCAUUUUUCCUUUUUGCACCUAAAUGAGGUCUGUGUGUUGCUUAGUGGAAGCUAUUGAGGAAAUCAGAGGAGGAAAGAUGAGAGGGGCAGCAACUGGUUGCUCUUGCAUGAUGACAGUAGGAGUAUAACACUAGAAUAAUCACCUUUUAAAAAGAAAAAACAAAACAGCCAGCCUUCUGCUGAAUUGGGGAAUUGGCAGGGAUGGUGUAGGGAAGAAUCGAGGGACAAUUUUGCAACAACAUAUGCUUUCUCUAUGCUAAUGGCAACACAUCAGCAACUUGUGCUGCAGGCACCCUCUUGGCUUUGCCAAAAAGCUCAUUUCAUCUACCACAGAUAGUCUUAGUAAGAAAUAGUUCCUUAUGGCAGUGCUUUGGAAGCCAGAUGCUAUUGCCUGUAAUUUAGAAUGGCAAACAGGUCAAUACCACCAAGUCUUUAAUCUUUAGUGAAUUAGGCUCCAGUCCCCGUCAAGCUUCCUACCAUUCAUGUUUCCUAGCAAAAAAGUUUUGGCACACUCCCUAAGGGAUAAUAAAUAGCAUAUAAUUUUUGUUUGAUAGAAGGAAAAAAAUAAGUGACCCAUCUUUGCUUGACUGCUGCCAUUGUAGCUAUAUACAUGAGAUAGCACUGUAUUUUUACCUUUGAUUUUCAUUACACUGUCUUUGCGAUGAUGUUUUAAAUGUAAGAAAUUGCUUAACUUUAAAAGCUAAGCAGUUUGGUCUUAUUUCUAUUAAGACCCCUUUUAAUGGAUCAAGAAUUAUAUGCAUCAAAUGGUGGCAUUCAGACGUGUGAAAGUCUGCAAUGAUAACUGCAGAAGAUGUAAUGUUCACUUAAAUUUUGUUUUCUUAAAAAUUAUCAAUGUGAAUGUCAUAAUUAUAAAUUUUAGCGGAAACGGGAAUUUAUUUCUCCUAAUUAUAAGUUAUUGUGCAAAAUAUGGUAUCAUUAAAGCAAAUGAUAGUUUAACUUUUAGUUUAGAAUCCCCCAGAGAUAUAAAGUGUAUGCAUAAGCAAAUUACAUUUGUUUUAUUUAAUUUUUCAUAGGUGUGUAAAAUACUAGGUAAAGAUUUUUCCACUUAACCAUUUAAACACCUUGUUACUUGAAUAUUGUGUUAAAUGUUCCUGAAACACAGUGAUCAAUUUUGUAAUAUAGCUCUCUUAACCAAGGAAAUGACUAUGCCUCAGUUGUGCUUAAUAGUUGAGCAGUUGUGGACAAUUACAGUAUAUGCUCUGGUCCACAGGAGCCAUAGGUAGUAUAUAUAACACAACCAUUGUGUUGUGUCUUGUUAAGUUCAUACCAAUAAAGAUACUGCUUUCCUGAUAGUUUCCUGAUAAAAGUUUUCAACCCAGAGGAUCCCUUAAUGGUCACACAUAAGCCUCUAAUCUACAGAAGGUCAUUGGGUUUUAAAACUCCAACCAUGGUGUUCAAACUAGUUUUUAAAAUGUCCUUUAAAAAGUUCUCUUAAACAUACCUGUACCAAUUAAAUAUACUCAUCGUCACUUUAAAUUUAAACUGUGCCCUAUAUUUGUCUUUCUAAAUAUCUGAUAUACUGUUGGUAUAAUUGCACACCAAAUAUGAGCCAAACAGUGCAUUACAGUUCACUUGGGCCACUGCUAGGUGAGCCCAGGGCAGCCACGGACUCCUCAAUUGAGCCAAGGCCCUACAUACAGCACCAAGCCGAAAUAAGAGCCUCUCAGUUUCCCUUGUUUUAAAGUCUAUUGACAAAUGACCUAGGAUUCAAGCUUUUAAAACAAAAUUAAUUCCUGUUCUCUUUAUUGACUUGAGGUAGUUUUUAGCUAGUCUGAUGCUGAUGAUCCCGUGCAGGGGCCUAAUUGCCUACAAUCUUUCAGCCACUCCCUGGAUUUGUGGAGCUUUUUCUGUUGAUCGUGAAGCACAAUUGCAGUAACAGUUCAGAAGAAGGAAGGUCAGUAUAGUCUAUGCAUGUUGUAUAAUAAUGAGUGUUUACAGUCAUAUUCUCUGAAGAUGAAAAUUUAUACUGGAUUGUAUAGUAUUAUUCCAUUAUGUAGAUUUUAUCAAUUUUGUUAAGUGCUUUUAGACAGCUUAAAAAGUUUUUCAAGAUUUUAAAAGAUGUAUAAGGUUAAGUUUGCAAAUAUAAUGGAAAUGCUGUAUAGCUUUUGAAGUGAUAAAUUACACGUUGGAAUUUUAAAGAAAGUAUGUUGUAAUAAUGCUGUUGUAAGUAAUAUUUUAACGUCUCUCCGGCCUGUUUUUUUAUUAUUCAGCACAUUUAUUGUGGUGAAUGUUCAUAGCAUUAUAAACUUGCUAAGCCAUUGAAAGGUAAAAGGUAACUUUUGUUUUUUUGAUUAUCAUUUUAUUGUAAAUGGAAUUAUAGUGGAGAUUGAAAAAUUCAUUUGUGAAAUAAUGCAUAAUUCAAUUUUUUCUAUGAUUUGCAAUGUUCGCUGAUAUAAAAUAAAACCUUUUCAAGCCAUGGAUGUAAUAAAACGUGGAGUAAAACCACCUCUUCUCCCCCCCCCCUCCCCCCAACGAAAAUGUUCUAAACUGGUAUUUUCUGUUUGGUAUUGGCAAGGUUAUAGUUUAUCUAAAAAUAUUAGCCCAGGAAUUGAACCCUCUUGUUGUUCUUUUGGUUUUUUGUGAGGCAGUUGGGGUUAAGUGACUUGCCCAGGGUCACAUAGCUAGUAAGUAUCAAGUGUCUGAGGUUAGAUUUGAACUCAGGUCCUUCUGACUCCAGGGCCAGUGCUCAAUUCACCGCGCCCCCCAGCUGCCCCCUCGGUAUUCUUAAUCCCUUCCUGAAAUAAAGACAUCAAAUAUAUUUGUUUUCCACCUGUAUGCACAUUUAUAUCUAAAGUUUCUUUAGUAACAUUUGAUUGAUCAGGAAGAGAGUUACAUGGCCCUCUUUUCAUACUUAACUAUUUUCCCCAUAUAUGCAGUUUUGUGAAGAGCUAACUGAAGUCAACAAAUAUCACAGCUCUUAAAAUGGAACUAAAUUUCUUCUUAAGGGACCUUGCUAAUCUUCCUUUUUUUAACCUUUUAAUCAGAAUAUUUGUUGAGCUUAAAAGUGAAAUGUGGGUUUGAGCAUAGUAAUUGUCUUGGGUUUGUCUACAUUAGUCCCAUAUUUCAGGUGGACAAGGUCCCUUGUAGCAUUGUGAAGUUAAUUCUUGGUGACUCACGUUGAUAUGAGCCAGGUUAAAGAGUCUGCAUUAGUCUAGCUACCUGUUUUUCUUUUUUCCAGGGUUAGGCAAAGAAAAAAAAGUCAGAGAUUUACAACAGAUAGCAAGUGUUAAAUAACAGCAAGCAAGAAAGGAUAAAUGAUGUUUGAAGUUGUAACACCUACCUAGCUACUCCUGAACCCCAGGAUACUCAGAUUUGGGGCAAAGGCUUAUUCAAACCAUAAAACUUUACACCACUGAAGCUAAAGGUUGAAAUUAUGGUGAUCUGCCUUUGUUUCCCUAAUUUUUUUUUUUUAAUAAUCUCACCAGAGGGAGAAGUGUCUAAAAGGGUGAUAUCACCCCAAAUCAUUUCUUGCAUUGUUGGUCAACCUUCAAGAGUUCCCACUGUACAUGCUAUAAUCACUGGGCUAAUGAGAAGUGGACUCCUUCCCAUUUGUGCUCUAAGUAACGAGGUAAAUUCACAUGUGAGUCAAAAGGCUUUAUUAGUGCUAUGUAACAAUGUAUAUGAAAACAUGAGAGAACUAUGUAAUCAGAUGCAUACUUAGUGUGUAUAUGUGUAUAUGUAUCCCUGUCUGUAUAUAUAUAUGUAAAUAGAUAUACACAUACAGGGUGUCCCAAAAGUUUUAGUGUAGUUUUAAAGUUUUAAUUACUUAAGAAAUAUAAAUGUUACAGACUUGUAAUAAAAAAAGCGGGGAGGUUAUUUGUUUUUAAAAUAUUGAUGUUUCUUAUUAAAAGUUAUAUAUAACUAUCUUGUGUUAUAUAUUGCUCUAUCCAAGUUUAUAGAAACUUUCAUCAACUGUUGCUUAAUGACAGAAAGGAUUGUAUUUGUAAUCCUAGCUCUAAGAACAUCUCAAGAACAAGUUUUUGAUGCAUACAUGACAAUUGACAUGAUCCCACAAGAAAAGGUAUAAUGAAGAUAAGGUGACCAAGCAAGAAGACUUACUCUUCCAGAUUUCUGGUCUGAGAAAGUUUCAUCCAGAAACUUUUUGAAAUAAAAAACUAAAUAUAAGAAAAAUUUGAACAAACU